AUGCGACGUACUUUCAGUCGCUACGCACGGUUCGCGGUGUGUCAGCAGUCUACUGGUGCAGGGACCAUAGAGGGCCCUCUCCGUUUGCGCUCGGCAGAUCAGACAGUAGUGUGGUGUUGCGCCGCAGCUGGGCGGAGGUCCUGGUUUUGCCUGCUUCCCAACUCGGUACGCGCGGGGUUGCAUGAGCCACGCCGGUUCGCGUCAACGAGGGCCACGAAUUCGCGCAAACCAGCGAGGGUUGCGCGAUCGGGCGCCUCUUCACGAGCGCCACGCAAGGGCCCCAGACAUUCACAGGGGUUGAAGUCAUCGCAGGAAAGUGAGGGAGAGUUUAUGGCUACUACUUCAGAUGAUGACUUUGGACCAAUGGCAGAGGGAGCAGCGGAAGAGGAGAGUGCAGGAGAUUGUGAUGCUGGUGUUGGCAGUAGUUUGACAGGUGGGCGAGAGACAACCGAAUCAUCCAACGUAGCGGCGGCGCCAGAGGAAGAAGGGGAAGGAGUUGGCACUACCGAAGGUGUUGAGACGGAGGGAGGUAAGCCUGGUAGGAGUGAGGAGGAUCCACUGAAUCUCCGAGUAGCCACGCUUAUGCAGCAACCAGGAAAGGCGUUCCGUGUAAUUGCCGUGUCAUAUUCAGCUAAGCGGGAGUUAAAUUUUCCCAUUACUUUUGAGGACAUUGCCUCUGGUACAACUCUAAACUGUCGGUUGGAGGACGUACACACAACUUACAUGAAUUGGGUUCGUCAGUUUUGUGCGUCAUGGGUUAUGCUCUUUGUCCCAACCCUCUCAGCAGCCAGCGCCGUCCUACUGGAGAAUGCCGUAGUGUACAGUAGGGUGGAACGUACUGUCUCUAACUCUCACCGUGGCUCUCCUGCACCCAAACAGUGGGAGGAACCGGAUCAUGUGCUGGUUUCGUACAGCAAAAUGCGUGAGGUGCUAUGCAAAGUAAAGCGGGAUGAGCAGGUAGACAAGGAGCUUGUUAGUAACACUGUACUCAGUGCAUUUGCGGAGGACUGGAAGAGCUUUAUUCACUCAACAGCAUCUUGCUCACCGGCAUCAAUUGUGACCGCAUCGUUUGAUUUCCGCCCCAACGGCGGGCAUCUCCAGUUGAACAAGAAAUUUUUGCACGCACAGUUGACAACAGCGGCGAUGACACUGUUGAGGCAUGUUGCACGUAAGGGAUCGUCUGCCAGCGGCACUCCAUGUAGUUCUUCCACUAAGGAGGUUACAUCUGGCGCGAACAACUCUGUAGCUGAUGAUAUUCGCAGGAAGGAAUCUUGGUUGUUAAUUUUUGUUUCCGCACCUGCGGGGAGCGCAACGAGUUUUCUAGGGCCCAGAGCAGUCAACUUGGGCGUACCACCUAUGCAAGAUCUUCUUACUGGUGAGUUUGUGGAUCCCCUUCUCCUUGGGGGGAGGAACGUCAUUUACAUUAUCGGUUCCGGAACGGCGGCAGAAGCCUUUUCAAAAAUACCAUCUGUGCGUAAGGGCAAACGUCAGAUAUCGAUACUAUUGAAGGAUAUAGAGAAUCAACUGGGGCCGUUUCGGGCGAGUCGCCCGACGUUAACCACCACGCUUAUACAGGCGUUAGAUACGUUUUCGCGGCACACGUGGAUUGGGUUAAUGAAGGAGGAGGAUGGCACAGUUCGAGUGCCCCGGGCUCCUCAGAGCUUUGUUCAUCUGCACCGGCGAAGCGUUACGCGUGAGGUGUUGCCUAAGUUUCUUGAGUCGACGUUAGGACAUAUUUCUCACCACAACUCCGCCUAUGGAGUCGCAGAGGUGGGAAUGGGCGGUGCGGCUGGCGCUGCGGGUGCAAACGCGCUCCUGCAGCUGGGAAAGUUAAACCGCAAGGUAGAUGAGCAUAUAAAGGCGAUUUUCAACAAUGCUGAACGACUCGAGAAGGAGAAGGCACUCCGCGAGAGUUUGCGUCGUAGCAACUGUUUCUUUGUAGAUGUCAAGUCGGCGAACAUCUCGGCGGCACGUCGAGCUGACAAUCCCUUUUCUACACGAAAUGGUAUAUUGGAGUUUCACGGCCAACUUUGGGCGACCCUUGGCAUGGGGGAGACGGCACGAGCGGGAAAGACAACAGGUUGUCCACCAGUGAAGACGCUCACAGCGCAGCUCGCUCCCAAUGGCGACGUGCAGGCUUUCGUUAGACCCGAGGAAUGCAUUCCGAUGGAAUUACCUACUGGCUCUAGUGAUACAAGCACCAUAAGGCAUAAGGGGAUAUCAUUAGCUGCAUCAGCAUCUAGUGCCUCUAGUGGGAUAAUCAUUGCAUGGGACGUGAAGCGUGCGCUGCUUUUUCUUCGCGGCAGCAACAGACUUCGAGAAUUUCUCCUUAACGGUGGUAGGAUUUGGUGUGCACAGUACGCACAGUACCUACUUAAAGGGUUCAACAACCACAACCUCACCACAAUGGAGCGGACACUCCUUCAGUACCACACGGUGCAGACCAAGUUGCAUCCUCUGGAGAAGCUGAAGAUAAUUUUUGAGAAACAACUUGAUAUUGCGGUGAAUACUCGGCAGCUUAUAUCGAUCGUGCAUCGUAUGGAUGGUCUUCUUGCUUGUACUGAAAUGGAGUUACGUGGGCUUCAGAUAGCUCCACAAGAAGACAUUACAGCCUUUGCCCGUAACCUGAAAAGGACCCGGGAGGAACUGGAGAAGGCAGUUAAUGAUAAAAUCAUGGUGUUCACGGAAGGAAUGGAUAAUGAAGUGAGACGUAAGAUUAACGUUCGCUCUACGCAGGAUAUCAGCACAAUCAUCUACGGUGGCGCGUUGUGUCGGCAUCUGGGUACGCGAUACGUGUCACCUCACAUUCCCCGCAUUCCUGUGACGGCAAUCUUUCCACAUGCAGUAUGCCGCCUAACAACAACCCCUGUCCCUGAGCUGUACACAAACGCCGAGAACCUCCUUGGGGUCAAAGGAACAGGCAACAGCGGUAACAACAAUAAUGCUAACAAGAUUGCUGAAGCAGCGACCAUUACGGCCAACGCAGUGAAUACAACCCUUAAGAUUAUUGACAAGUAUCUGAAGGACAAUACAUUGGAUAAUUUGCUCAACAAUACGGCUAUUGUGGUAGUGACAUGUAAGGUACGGACCAGUAGCUUUCUGGAGGUGAUCACCAUCCAUUGCCCUUCUAGUGAUCCUAAUGAUGAACUGCGGCACACUGUUGCGAUCGAUGACGUCUUACCAGUAAUGAGCUCACCCGAGCUGGUUACCAUAACUCAACUCAAGGAGAAAAUUGCCGCCUACAGGCCUUUACGAGCGCUCCAACCACUCAAGAAGUACGGCAGACGCAGUUAUGACCUUCGAAAUCUCGUCAUUCUCACUCAUUGUUCCUUCGACAAGACGGCUGUGUUGGUAGACACGGGCAUUAUACAGACGAUCGCCGAAACUGUUCUUGGUAAAGAAAAUGAAGAACGGUCCCUCCUCGAACGUGUCUGUUUCUGUGACAUCAAUCGCGCCUUUCCACCUCCCCCAGAGGGAGGUGAUUCGUUUGAGAAUGAUUUCUUAGGACUUGUGAAUGGUGCUGAACAGGCCGGCGUGUCCUCCCGCAGCAACUGGGAGGCUUUCACGCGGAACUUUGCUGCGGUUGGAGGGUUUGAGGACACACGCAGGGCGUUGGUGCUGCAUUGUGCCUCGUUAGUUGGUACGGCAAGAGACCCAUUCCGUACGGCCCAUCCCUUGCCCUUUGCGUUAGUGGGGUUUAAUGGUCAACAGGCGCUUGGGUUACAUGGGCAAGAGCGGGCCUCGACGCGUGGGAUGCUGUGGAUGGUUACUCCCGAACGGCUACACCCGUUGCUUCAUCGCUCACUGCGUGGCCGCAGUGCGUCAUCCGGCGCGGACGCCAUUGAGCGGAUCAAUGUGUUGCUUUCGAAUGAAAAACAGGUGGAUCUCUCCUUUUUCAAGGCCCUUCAGCAAUUGCGUUUCAUGGAAAAGCAAAUGCAGCUCUUCGAAGAAGGUGCUCUGUUUCGGGCAGUUUUACCGGAGUGCAAAAAUCGUGUUCACGGUGAGUUCUGCCAUGUCGUUACUGCGACGGGUCGACUUUCUUCACAGUCGCCUAACCUGCAGAACAUUCCCAAGGAAGAUUUGAGGUGCCUAAUCGUCUCUCGCUUCGGUCGGCGUGCUGGUCGUAUGAUUGAGGCGGACUAUAGUCAGUUGGAAGUUGUGGUGCUCGCUGCUCUCAGUCGGGACGCCCGCAUGUUGCAGGAACUUAACGACAAUGUGGAUUUCCAUUGCCUACGUGUUUCUCUCAUGACAAAAGAGCCCUACGAGGAUGUAAUACACAAAGUGAAGCAGGUGAAGGAUCCCCACUAUAUUCAGCUACGGCAGCAGGCGAAAACAUUUUCGUUUCAACGUCAAUAUGGUGCAGGGACAUCAACCAUAGCCACAACGACGGGGCUUAGUGAGACGGAGGUUGUGCGGCUGAUUGCCGCCGAGGAACAGCAUUACAAGGACUUGGGACGCUACUAUAGGCUUGUAACGGACUGUGUAGAGGCGGGUGCCGAUCGCUUGUUGCAGUUGCGUACAUUAGAUGCAACAUCUUGGCCCCCCACGAUGCGUCGAAUGGUGCUUUUGACUGAACCGAUGCAUUAUUUUGUGGUACCAACGGGAAGCAAAUUUGACUUCACGAAGGAUAAGAAGGCUGUGCCACGACUGAAAAAUUACCCCGUUCAGGGACUGGCUGGGGAAAUUGUUCAAAUUAUGUGUGGAAAGAUUAUUCGUCGCUUCUAUGCAAAACGUAACUACAACGAUAAGGCGUUUCUUGUUAAUACCGUUCACGAUUGCGUUUGGAUUGAUGCCCACGAAUCCGUUGCAGACGAGGUAAUGGACGACGUAUCCGCCAUAAUGUCCUCCACCUCCGAAGUCAUUAGUAGUUUAUGGCCAGGCGUAAAGUUGGAUGUCCCAUUCAAAGCAGAGAUUCAUAUAGGACCAUCACUAGGGGAGUUGUCCAGGUAG